AAUGAGCAACGACUACGAGGCAUCAGUCACCCCCAGCUGGCUGACCUCUGACCCCACUGUCUGGUCCAGCAGCAGAGACGGAUUCACAGAAAACGCCACUUACCCACCUAUGGGCUCCUUCCCCCCACUGCCCCCUCUCCUGGUCAAUCCCUGGGACAUCUUGUUGUGCUCCUCAGGGACCCUCAUCGCCUGUGAAAACGCCCUGGUUGUACUGGUGAUCUGGCAGAACCCGGCUCUGCGUGCCCCCAUGUUCCUGCUGAUCGGCAGCCUGGCCCUGGCUGACCUCCUGGCUGGUCUGGGCCUGGUGCUCCACUUCACCUUGGCCUACCUGCUGAGGUCUGACUCGGCCCAGCUGCUGACUGUUGGUCUGGUGGUGGCCUCCUUCUCAGCCUCCAUCUUCAGCCUGCUGGCCAUCACCAUAGACCGUUACCUGUCACUCUACUACGCCCUGACCUACAACUCAGAGCGCACUGCCGCCUUCACCGACACCAUGCUGGUCCUCCUCUGGGGCCUGUCUCUCUGCCUGGGCCUACUUCCCGUCACAGGGGUGAACUGCCUGGCAGAGGAGUCGACGUGCAGCGUGGUGCGCCCCCUGACUAAGAACAACGUGGCGGUGCUGUCCAUAUCCUUCCUCCUGCUGUUCGGCAUCAUGCUGCAGCUGUACGCGCAGAUCUGUAAGAUCGUCAUGCACCACGCCCACCAGAUCGCCUUGCAGCAUCACUUCCUGUCCGCCUCGCCCCACUACGUCACAACCAGGAAUGGCGUGUCCACGCUGGCCAUCAUCCUGGGGACUUUUGCCGCCUGCUGGAUGCCCUUCACCGUCUACUCACUGGUCGCCGACUACACGUACCCACCUCUCUACACAUACGCCACCCUGGUGCCCGCCACCUACAACUCAGUCAUCAACCCAGUGAUCUAUGCCUUCAGGAACCAGGACAUCCAGAAGGCUCUGUGGCUGGUGUGUUGUGGCUGUAUACCGGCCAGGGUGGCCCACAGGGCCCGGACCCCUAGCCACGUCUGACUCAGACCCAGGUCCCGGGAGGGAAGGAGAGAGGGAGGAAGGCAGACAGGCAGCCGGGGCUCAGGCAGGUGGCUGGAAAGGACGGUCUGCGUGCAUAGUCAUUUUAGCUGCUUUUACUGAUGUGGGCUUUUUUCCUCAAAAGGAUUGAGAGAUUAUUAUUAGAUUAUUAAAGAUUGUGCCACUUUCUGCACAUCAGAUAAAGGGCUCGUGUGUGUGUGUACAAAAAGAUAGGAUGUCACACGGACAGAGAAGGAGGAAGAGAGGAGGAGAAGUGGAGUGAGGGAUGACAGAGGUGGGACGAUUAUCAAGAUGCUUACAAGAUGAAGUCAGGCUGAGGGCUCAAUCACCUUGUCUCGCUGCUGCACUCUGAACGUGCCUUGCAAGACAGAUAACCACGGGAGGCUAAAAAUAGCCCGGGUGCUCUGUGAUCUGCACGCCGUGCGUCUGACACAGACUCCAUGCAAAGAAACAAAGCCGCGGAGGCGGAGAGCGGGCACCUAUCUUCCCCUCCCUCCCUCCUUCCAUCCACUUUUAUUUCUCUUCAUCUCUCCCUAUUGGCCUUUAAAGCCCCCACCCUCGAGCAUGUGAGAAUGUAGGUUAUUAUGAUGUUCUGCUUGCUUUCCAUUCUGAGGUGACAACAGCCUCGGGAAGGAAAGUCCCCUGAUACCUGUAGCACACACCAUUAACCCUCCAAAUGCCUUUAUUUUAUGGUAAGGCCAGGCUUUGAUCGUUUUGAUAUCUGUUUUAUCCCUCCACUUCUUCAUACAUAAACAGGUCAACUAAUCAUACCUAAUUCAUUGGGCAUUGCAGGCACAUUGGGUAGGCAGGCUGACUGUUCUUGAAUGUAGAGUGUGAAAUGUUCCCUCUGUGAAUCGAGUUGGUUGUUCAAGCGACUCAGUUUGCAGUUAGACCAGCUGGAUGUUGUUGCAACUGAAUGUGUUUUUAUAUUCAUUUGAUCUCUUAGCCUGUCCAUUAGGUUAUGAAAAUGCCUGGUCCUCACCCCAACCUUCAACCUGCAUGUUGCAUAGGACUGUAAUGUAAACCGUUUCCCCUAAUAGCCAGGCCUGUUGGCUAAACCCUCACUAUCACUCUUCCCCUCUCCCCACCUGUUAUAAUAAAAUCAGUCAGUCACACUCAGGUCUAAUAGAUUAUCCUAAUAUGUGGUUUGUGAAUUUAAAAAGCACUCUAAAAUAUAAAGUAGCAAUCAUAUUUGUUUUCCUUUUUCAUGAAAAUGGCAUCAUCAGCAGUCCACCUCAGCAGUCCACCUCAGCAGUCCACCUCAGCAGUCCACCUCAGCAGUCCACCUCAGCAGUCCACCUUCAAUAGUCUUCUAAUUGCUACUCUGUACCUCAUCCUGUUGCGAAAAAAAAACCCUGAAUGCAAUAAUCUAUGAAUGCUGAGCCAAUCAGAAAAAUGUAUGAUCAUUGAAAUUUAUAAUGUACAUAUAGAAUAUAGACCCCUAAACCCACCCCUCUCUUUCCCUAUACCACAUCUAUGACUGGCCAUAUCCAGAUGACCAAUAUCCUAAGUGACAGACCCUGGCACAAUGUCUGGUUCAGAUCUUUGGAUAGCAAGGAAGGAGAGAGCAGUGACACGUCUUGUUGUUUCAGCUUUGGAUGUCUCCUGCCUCCUAGAACCACUUCCUUACCCUGGCUGACAAAUGCCCACCACCCCCUGACCCUAGCCAGUGUUAAAUCGGCUGCUUGCCAAUUCCUCCUGAUUCGCUCACACCGAGUCACGAUCGAACCCAGGACUUUUCUAGCACACGUGAUCGCCCUCCUUGUCAACGUACCAACCAAUUGAGCUAUCGAAAAAUAUGUAAGGCAGUAGCUCCAUCGGUGAUAUUUCACUAGCUGUGGAGUGAGUUUACGGUACACGUUCUUAAGCGCUUCCAGAUCCUCAUUCUACCCCGUCAUAUCAGCACGUCAUAUCAGCGCGCAGCAGUAACUACGUAUUAGUUACUUCAUAUGGACCGAUAGAAAUACUCUGUCAGCAAUAACAGCCUCUCCCCAGUAACAUGACCACCUCCAGCAUGAUGAUAUACGACGACAAAAACCAACAGCCCUUCUGCGAUGCCUAGCAGAGUCCUUAUACACCAGGCCCAAACAAGGACUCAACUUCCCAAGACUUGUGCUGUAUGUGAUUUCUCCAAAUGGGAAAUCAGAUCUUGACUUAUGUGUUUUGUUUUUGAAAAUGUGAAUGGGACAGGAUACUGACUGCCACUGCCCAGUAUUCUGUCAUUAGUCAUUACAAUGUCACUGCCUUUUUUAUUCUGAAUCUCCUGCUCUAUUCUCUGGCUAUGGUCUUCUUCAAUAUCUUACAAUGAAUGAAAUUGGACUCGGUAAGAAAAUAUCUUACAAGUUUUCAGUUGCAUCUGCCUUUGUGAACCUAUGAAGUGUUUUUGAGUGUUGUAAACCUAAGCGUCUGUGAAUAAGGAAAAUGUUUCUGUGCAUUUGAGUUGCAUGGCCCCUGAGUGUGUGUGUGAUCUGUGUACCAUAGAAAUAGAAUUCAUUAUAUUUCUAUGGCUUGUAUGGGGGUUUGUGAUCAGCAGCACAGACCUCCUGUAUAUCUGUCUCCAUGGGGACAGUGGCUCUGAGGACUUACUUCCAGUGUGACCCUUUGACCUCAGAGGAAAUUGUUUGCUUGUCUUCCUAUCAUUCUGAGAAAAGUGACCUUCUGAGAGAAGUGACAAAUUCCACCACAGGAAUGAAAUAGAGAAGGAUAUGUUUAAAUUAAUAGUAGAAGCAAAGAUGGUACUGUAUGGUGUAUGUGUGCAACGGCUGACUCUGAGCCGUAGUGAGGGGUUAAGGCAACGCCGUCACGUGACUGAUGGAAAAAUAACCUAUAUAUCGUUAUCACAGGUUCUGGUGGCUCUUCACAGACAAACAAUAAUACAAAGAAAACACUCUCCUUUACCUUUGAAGAAUAAUCUAUUUUGUUAUAUUUAUUGAAAGUCUCUAUUUUUUUUCUCAGGGUUGUCUCGCCUGAAUUAUGAUGUAUCCAAAGUAUCUUGUAUUUUAAUGCGCUGUAGAGCCUCUCCUGAAUGAAUUGGUAAAGAAAUUAUUGUUUAUUUUGUAUGGCAUUCUGUUGGACCAAUUAGAUUCUGUAAAUAGAGCAUGCUUAUCAUUAUAGGGGGUGUUCUGACAUCAUGUAUGGUGCUACCUGCUGCAGGAUCCAAGGGGGACUCAGGUGCACCGUAUUAGAAUGACAUCAAAUUUGACCCCCUUUUAUUGUAAUUUUACAGUCUGUGUACAUUUCCAUCCCUAGCCCCUUCCCCCCAAUCCCAUCCCCUUCUUUAGGCAGAUCUGCAAAGUCUGGAUAGGUGAAUGCAGUAUGGCAUAUACUUUACUUAGCAGAUUAGCCUGUUGGAGGGUUAGGUGGUGCUGUCACAGUACUGCUUACACCUAUCCCAAACCUUGAGGAUCUGCCAGACCAAUGAGCUAAGGGCUAGGGACGGAAAUGGAACCGGGCCUACCUUGUUUGAUGAUAGUUCUCUCAUGUACAGUAAUGUCAAUCUUUCAUGAUUCACGAUGAGCUUUCAUAGGUGAAAACAAGGGCUUCACAUUAUUGAGUAGACAAAGGAACCACUCGUGUGUGAGUUUGAUAUAGUACUUCUCUGUUAGGAAUACAUAUUCAUCUAAUGUUAAACUAUUAUUGUGCAGUGGAAUUGCACCAUAAAGGGUCAUAUUGAACUAAGAUGUGGUUGGAGGGAUUUCUACUGUGGCCAGUGGUUGGGGUUUCAACAUUGUGGGUGAAUCAUGUGGUUUGGGGGGUAUGGUACCCCGAUCCAGAGCUAAAUACAAGUCUUUUAACACCUCUAUGGGUUUCAGAAUGUGUGGGGCAGGGGACCCUACAGUACAGAAUCUUGUGUAGAUGUAUACUCUGUGUUAAAGGUGAAAUGCACUUUAUUUUUUGGAAGAAAAACAACAUACAGUGGGGCAAAAAAGUAUUU